AUGGCUGAAUUGUUCUAUGUAGGAGGAAGAGAAGAAGGCCCACCAAACAAAGAACAAGAACAACAGAAACAAACACAACCCACCUUGUUUAUGUACCGAAACGAUCAACAAAUCCACCACAAAGGCUUCGAAAUAUGGCCUCCACAUUACCAAACCCACUUCUCCUCCGCCGUUGGUCAGAGCCACCGCACCGACUCCGAUCACCCCUCCAGAUCCGCCUUCACCGCCACCAGACCCGCCGCAGCCAUUGCCGGAGGCAUCAAUUGCCAAGACUGCGGCAACCAAGCUAAGAAGGAUUGUGCUUAUUUGCGGUGUAGGACUUGCUGUAAGAGCCGAGGGUUUCACUGUCAGACUCACGUGAAGAGCACGUGGGUUCCGGCGGCUAAACGCCGUGAACGGCAGUUUCGCGGUGGGGAUAAUUCCAAACGACUUAGAGAAACCCAAUCCGCCACCGCCACCGCCACCCUUCAUUUGCCCUCCUCCUUCACCUCAGAAUUGGAGAAAUUUCCAUCGGAAGUGAACUCACCGGCGGUGUUUCGGUGUGUGAAAGUAAGCGCGAUGGACGAUGAGGAUGAAGAGUUUGCAUAUCAGACGGCUGUGAAUAUCGGAGGCCACGUGUUCAAAGGAAUUCUCUACGAUCAAGGCUCUGAAGUCCAUUACACCGCCGGCGAGAGCUCCUCCGGCCACGUAGGAGAUGGAUCAGUACACCCACUUAACUUAAUUGCUGGACCCUCCAACGCCGCCGCCGCUUCCACCACUACCUCGGCUGCAACCAGUUCCAACCCCACCGCCACCGCCGCCGCCGUCGCAUCGUUGCUUGACCCUCCUAUAUAUCCAGCUCCUCUUAAUGCAUUUAUAGCUGGUACGCAGUUCUUCCCACCCUCUAGAUCAUGAGAAAAAAAAAAAAAAAAAAAAUUGCCCUAAAUUAUAUAUGUUCUUUACCUAAUUUUUUUUUCUUAAUUAUUAUUUGUGAAGACAUUGUUCUUUGUAUUAUGAGAAACUCGAAGCUAGCUGAUCUUUUUCUCUUUCGAACAUUCAUCGAGCUAGAAGAUUAAGAGAGUUAUGAACACGAAAAAAUAAAAAGAACCCAGAAAAAAUAAUCGAUAAAAAAAACAUUGGAAAUAUUCGUCGUUAAUAUUUUCCAACAAAAUUUGUAAGAUUGAAGCUUCAAAUAUAUGAUUUGUCUCUCUCUACAAUUAAUUAAGGAGCUUAAUCUUGUAAUUAGUGCUUAAUCAAUCAAUAAGGUGAAAGUUUAGGCAAACUUUGACUAGAAAAAACAAGGAAGAAAAGGGAAAUGAAUGGCAGUUUCGUUCUAGCCACCAUGUUGAUCGACCUCGUUGCUGUUGACUUUCUUCCUUUUCUGUCAUUCAUGGCUCAUAGUCUUAUACCACUGAAUAUCAGUAGAGAGCAUAGAAAGUUCGAAAAGUAUAUUCGACGAUAAUUAGGGGCAUUUUAGUACUUUCCCACAUGUCAGGGUGGCGGUGGUGGAGGCGGCAGCCAUGGCCUCCGUCGAUUCUCUCUCGGUUUCCGAUUGCAUUGAUGUUGGUUGUUGUUUAUUAUAGCCAAUAUGGAGAGUUGGUUGCAUUAGUGAAGGUGACAUUAAAGAUUUAUUAUGACUUUAUAAUUAGGUAAUUUUUUUUUCUUCAUAUAAUUCAACUCACUUAUUACAAUUAAAUGUCAUUUAAAAUUCGUCUUAGUUAAAAAAAAUUAUUUAAAUAAAUUAUAUUUUAUAAAUCCAAGAAAAUAUAGAAAAGAUUCAAGUGGAUUUCGAGCUGAAACUAAUCAAUUGAAUUGAUCGGUUGAUCGGUCAAUUUAAUAAAUUAUUUUUAAAAAGUCAACUUAGUCGGUUUGACAUUGGUUCAAGUGAAAAAUCGAGCUCGAGUGACUGACCAAUGCUUACCUAUUUUUUAAUACAUUAUUUUUAAUUUUUUUUUCACUUUAAAAAUUAAUUAAAGCAUGCUUU